AUGGUCGACAACAAUCUUGGAGCUGUUGCACAGCUCCUUGUAGCAAGUUUGGAUCCGAGACAAAAUAAACAAGCCGAACUUGCUCUUCGACAGGAAGAAAAAAAAUCCGGUUUCUCUCUACAGCUUCUUCAGAUCACGGCAUCUGCUUCCUAUCCCUACAAUACCCGCCUGGCUAGUGCACUAUGUUUCAAGAACUUCGUCAAGAGGAACUGGACCGAUGAGGAUGGAAACUACAAGCUGCAGCAAGAGGAAGUUGCAACCAUUAAACGGGAAUUGAUCAGCCUGAUGAUUUCAGUCCCGACGGGCAUACAGUCUCAGUUGGGAGAAGCCAUCAGUGUAAUCGCCGAUAGUGAUUUCUGGAAGAGGUGGGAUACUUUGGUCGACGAUCUCGUUUCAAGACUCCAGCCGACGAACCCUUCGGCCAACAUAGGUGUCCUACAAGUUGCGCAUUCGAUCUUCAAGCGAUGGAGGCCUUUGUUCCGUUCGGAUGAGCUUUAUGAAGAAAUCAUCCAUGUCCUGGAUAGAUUUGGAAAUCCUUUCCUGACACUCUUCGAGGGGCUGGACACUUAUCUGGAAGAGAACAAAUUAAACAAAGAGAGCCUCAUGCAAGGAUUCACACAGUUCAACUUGAUGGUGAAGCUGCUGUUUGAUCUUUCAUGUCAUGAUCUUCCCCCGAUGUUUGAAGAACGUAUCUCGGGGCUGUCCACCAUAUUGCUGAAAUAUCUUACCUACAAUAACCAAUUACUCGUUACUGAUGAUGAUUCCGAGGCCGGCCAAUUGGAAUUUGCUCGAGCUGGUAUCUUCGAAGUAUUGACAUUAUACGUGCAAAAAUACAUCGAUGAUUUCAAGCCCUAUGUCGGGGAUUUUGUGGGAAGUUCUUGGAACUUCUUGACCACGAUUGGCCAAGAAACUAAGUAUGACAUUUUGGUUAGCAGAGCAUUGCAGUUCCUGACUUCGGUUGCUGGUAUGCCUGAGCAUGCGCUGGUCUUCCAAGCCGAAGGGACACUGAACCAAAUCAUCGAAAAGGUGAUUUUACCGAAUGUGAGCCUUCGUGAAUCGGACGAGGAGCUCUUUGAAGAUGAGCCAAUCGAGUUUAUCCGGCGAGACCUCGAAGGGUCAGACAGCGAUACGAGACGGCGUGCUGCCACCGAUUUUCUGAGAAAAUUGGCCGAGAAGUUUGAAGAGCCGGUCACCAAAGUUGUUCUCCAGUACACCGAACAUUAUCUUGCCGAGUCUGCGAAAGAUCCUGCGUCGAACUGGAAGGCCAAGGAUACUGCGACUUAUCUCUUCUCUGCAAUUGCGGCCAAGGGGGUUGCCACUGCUAGCCAUGGUGUCACUGCCACAAAUCCUCUAAUAAGUAUUACCGAAUACUUCCAGAAGCAUCUUGCUGCGGACCUGGUUGGUGGGGAUGGUGUACAUCCUAUCCUCAAGGUGGAUGCUAUAAAGUAUCUUUACGUUUUCCGAAGCAUAAUCACAAAGGAACAGUGGCAGGAAGUACUUCAGCUGCUGGUGAACCACCUUGGCUCCUCCAAUUAUGUUGUUUAUAGCUAUGCGGCCAUUGCUGUCGAAAGAGUGCUCUAUCUUACGGACAGCCAAGGCCAGGCAAUUAUUGCGCCAAGCACCAUUACACCCCUUGCCAAAGAUUUGUUGGAACACAUCUUUUCGCUGAUCCAGAAGGAUUCAUCUCCCCAGAAAGUCCAGGAAAAUGAGUUUUUGAUGAGGUGUGCUAUGAGGGUGUUGAUUGUCAUCAAGGAGGGUGUGGUACCUUAUACGGACGUCGUUCUUCAGCACUUGAUCAACAUCACGCAAAUUAUCAGCGGUAAUCCCAGUAACCCGAGGUUCUACUACUUCCACUUUGAAGCUUUAGGGGCCUUCAUUCGGUUCGCUGCACCCGCCAGUCCUGAUAGGCUAGAACAAGCCCUUUAUCCUCCUUUUGCUGGAAUCCUCCAGGGGGAUGUACAAGAAUUUAUACCGUACAUUUUCCAACUUUUUGCCGCCCUCCUCGAGGCCAACCCGUCGGGGACAUUGCCGAACUAUUAUCAAAAUUUGGUUGCCCCCAUUCUCAUGCCCGUCAUGUGGGAUUCGAAGGGAAGCACCCCAGCACUUGUACGACUUUUGUCGUCUAUCAUUAGCCGUGGUUCGCAGUACAUCAUGGAGAGCCAACAGGUUGAGCCUAUUCUGGGUAUCUUUCAAAAGCUGCUCUCAUCCAAGACCAACGAGAGCUAUGGCUUUGACCUGCUGGAAUCUGUCAUCGCCAACUUUCCACCGGCUGCGUUGGAACAAUAUUUCGUCUCAAUUAUGGAAGUUAUUCUUAUGCGGCUUCAAAAUGCCAAAACUGAAAGUCUUACGCUUCGGUUUGUCCGUUUCUAUCACUUCAUCUCGGCGAAUGAGGAAAAAGGUUACAGUGCGGAUUUCAUCAUCCAGACUGUCGAUAAAGUGCAGCCGGAUUUGUUCACGAUGAUCUAUCUUAAUAUGAUCCUCCCUGAAACGCAGAAACUUGCCCGCCCGUUGGAUCGCAAAACCGCUGUCUUGUCUUUUACAAAGACACUUGCCAAUUCAGAGGCCUUUGCGAACCGAUACAAGAAGGGCUGGGGCUUUACGUGCGAGGCCUUGCUUAAGCUUUUGGAAUUGCCCCCUGUCCCAACCAGCAAGGACGAUAUCAUUGUCGAGCAUGAUGUCGAAGAUAUGGCAUUCGGAGUUGGGUUUACGGCUCUGAACACUGUACGGCCACAGACCAGAGACCCAUGGCCGGAGACAGGAGCCGACCUGAAGGCGUGGGUCGGCCAGUACUUGAAAGAAGCUGACAAGAGGCACGGUGGACGGAUCGCUCAAUUUGCACAGGAGCGUUUAGGAGACGAAGCCAAGGUGGUACUCAGCAGUUAUAUUGCGUGA